GUUGAUCGCAGUGUAUACCGCAAUAAAAUAUCACGUAGAAUCCGCCUACACAUCGGUCGUGUGUGCUCCUAUCAUAGCGACACUGAUAUAGCGAACAAACUCCGUACAGACAAUUUAUUGUCUAUAUGCUCACUUUUGUAUUUUUUUAGUUAUCGCAUGCAGUCUAACGUCAAAAUAGACAAAAUUUUGGCACUCUGUACCUGAAGAAGGAAGGUAAUAAGGAACGGGCGUAAAGAUAGAGCUCUGCUAAAAUGUCAGCAACCGCGUCGUACGCUGAUGAUCAUACACAAACAUGUUUCGAAAAUGAUAGUUACUUCAAUUUUACGGGGGAAACAUUAGAAGGUAGCCCAUCGGCCAUACAGAAUUCAAUCACUCCAGUUCACACACAAAGCCCUUCACGUGAUUCCGAGAGGAAUAUACGCCCCUCAGAUGAUAAGCAUGGCGAGCUAAAUCCAGAGGAAUUAGAUGAGAUGAUAAUUAGGAGAAAGAGUGCACUUCUUAACGCAAUCGGACGCUUCAAGGCGAAAUACCCGAAUCAAAUGACCUUGCCGGACUAUAUGAUGCACGCCUAUGUAAUAUUGUAUACAAAAAACGAGAAUACACUCCUAACCUACGAAAUAAUUACGUCACAUACAAAAAUAGACCCGUCAAUAUUGUCUAAUAUAAUGCGAUCCCAAACACUAUCAAGGCUAGAACAAGAGGAAUUUGACCUUGAUGCUGCUGGAAUAUUUAACGCAGAUUUUGAAAAUGACGAACAGCUAGCAAUAUUGGACAAACAGUUCACCUGGUUGUGCCAAUGUUGUUGCCAAGUCGUGGACGAAGCGGAAGAUGUGACGGUGACGCAACAUAUGGAACAGAAGAACGGGAAUAACGUAGGAAGUAACGCGGGUGACGUAAAGUCAGGUGAGAAAAGUAAAUCAAAGGAAGACGAAGGUCAAGCAAAAUGUACUUCCUUUAACUUUGCUAAGUUGGUGCCAGUAGAAAAUCUCCCCAACGAUGUUAUGUACGAAGCACUAAGGCAACAUGGAAACAGGCUCAUACAGCGCAGUCUAUACUCAGCACCACGUAGACUAUAUGCGUCACCAGGCUGGUCUUCUAACAAAGAUGCAGCAGCCAGACUUAGUUCGUCAGCACCUGAAAUGAGAGGCUUCGUAGAUGAAAUACAAAGGUAUUCAGUGGAUGCCAACCAACAAGAGGAAUAUUACGGAGAGGAGCGUCGGCUUUCAGUUAGACAGUCAGCAUUACUCAGGAAAAAAUAUCUCUAAAAGGGCCAAAGCAACUGAAAUGCAGACAUGACGUUGUCCUGUACACAUCUUAUA